AUGUCAGCGAACACUCCCGGCAUCAGUCGGUCUUUGAACCAACUUCAGCACCCGGACAGCAGCACCCGAUAUCCGACGUCCACGCCUGCCUCGUGCCCCAAGUCCUCAAUCAACACUGGCCGCACGCCUGAGUCCCCACUACUAUCCUCCUCCUCCUCCCCCUACUCCUCCUCCUCCUCCUCCUCCUCCUCCUCCUCCUCCUCUCCCCACUCAAUUGCCUGA